UUUUACAUUCACUUUAUGGCGUCACCACCUAAAAAACCUAGAAUCGAUAUUGAAUUCUAUGAACAAAGGAAAACAAUAGGCUAUUUUGAAAAGAUUGUGAAUCCCUUACGUGUCGAUUUGGAUAAAGAAGGUUGCGAUACAAGCUUCAGUUCACCUGAUUUAGGCUAUUUUACUGCUCAUCUUCAAAAGUUCCAAUUGGAACAAAAGACAUCAGGCCUUCCUUAUGCUUACUUUGAUGUUCUCUCACUCUCUACAGAAGCACCAUUGUAUCAUAUCUUGAGGGCUGCUUACAAGUUUAAGUCGGAUCAUCAUAUUGUCGAUUGGCGAUGGGAUGCCCAUGAAGAAGUGCAGACGUAUUUAACCAUGAUUGAGGUGAUCAAACAAGCUUUAGAUAAAGCUGGUUUUGAGUUGUGUAUACCUCGUGUCUAUUGUAUGGACCAAGUUAACAAGGAUACAUUAGCUGUGGUAUUUCAACAGCUUGGAGGUAUGAUAGUCAACAACAUAGAAGAUGCAACAUUUGUUCUGUAUGAUGAACACCAAAUAUUUGAUCGACAUCAUCCACAAUGGCGUGUAUGCAGCACCACAGACGAUAUAGCAUUCAUACAUUGGAUUGGUUUACCUGAUUCAUACAACACACUUGUCUCAUUACAAGACUGUGAUCAAGACAAGCAAGAACAAUCCACACUACCACAAGACAAAAAAAGAGCUCCAUGGCAUGUCAAGUUCAAUUGGAUUCAAGACAGCCAGACAUACAAUGAAUGGAUGGCACCUUUGGAUUAUAUCAUGCUUGAACAACAACAACAUGCCAGUAUCAAGCGAAAAAGACAAGAGGAAACAGAAAAAGAAAACAAGAAGAACAAGACACCCGAUACAAUCGCACGUCAAUUCAUGCCUACACAACAACACGAAGUGAUCAUUCCAUCCUAUGCUGCCUGGUUUGAUUUAGAUUCUAUUCACCCUAUUGAGACCAAAGGUCUGCCAGAGUUCUUUAACAACAAGAACAAGAGUAAAUCAGCCAAUAUUUACAAAGAGUACCGUGAUUUUAUGGUCAAUACAUACCGCUUGAAUCCAAUGGAGUAUUUGACUGUCACAGCCUGUAGACGGAAUAUAGCAGGGGAUGUGUGUUCUAUCAUUCGAGUCCAUGCGUUCUUGGAGCAAUGGGGGUUGAUUAAUUAUCAAAUUGAUCCUACUGCUAAACCCACUGCUAUUGGCCCACCUCUUGAGGGACAAGUCAAAGUGAUUGCAGAAUUACCACCCGCACUUGCUCAGCCUAGUGUCGACACUCUCUCCUCUUCAGAACGCGAACAAGGAUCCACCCACACACAUCAUGCUUCUACACAAUCACCACCAAAACCUUCGAUAGAUCUUAAUUUAGACUUACGUGUGAAUAUCUAUCAACCAAAGCAUACAUGUAGUGUCUGUCAUACAGUAUCCACAAAAGAAGGAGGUUAUGUUGACCAACAAUUUGUCUGCAAAGACUGUUAUCAACCAAAAGAACACACGUCAUACACUCCAACACAAUGGACAGAACAAGAAGAUGUGCUUUUAUUGGAAGGAUUAGAGAUGUACCCAGAAGACUGGGAUAAGAUAGCGACUCAUGUUGGCACAAAGACACGCGAUGCCUGUAUUCUGCAUUAUCUUAAAUUGCCCACUGUGGAUCCUACUCUGUUCUACAGAAAACAUAACUGUAAGACAAAACAAGACGACGAUAAUCCAAUCAUGUCAGUGGUGGCCUUUUUGGCAGCCAAUGUCAAACCACAAGUGGCUGCUUCUAUCUUAUCAGAUCAAGCCUUGGAUCAAGAGAUGACAGAAAAGACAGAUCAUAGCGAAUUAGAGACCAAGUAUAGUUUGAUUCAUACCCAAUUGACAACAUUUACAUCCCGUCUAAGCCAGUUUGAACAACUGGAAGCAUGCGUAGAUCAAGAAAAAAGACAGUUGGAACAGGAACGAUUUCUUAUUCGAGAAGAGCAUAGAGCGAUACGAAAACAAAUGGAUCAACUGUAUGCUCGUAUGUUUGCAGCAAAAAAAGAAGAAGAAAAAGAAGGCAUGAAAUAAAUCAGGGUU